GCUCCUUCAUGACGUCAUGGGCAUUUCCAAGAUGGCUGCAAUUCAGGGCCGGAGCAGAGAGAGAGCUAGCGAGCAAAACUCCCGGUUUUAAGCUCGAAAGUGUUGGUUAUUUGAGGGGUGUCGUUUUAAACGGUAAUCAUUUACCCUCAGACACACCACACGUUUCGCGUUUCAGCUUUCAGGUGACCAUUUUCCGACAUGGUGUGCGAGGAGGAAGUGCUAGCUGUGCUAGAGGUGCUAGCUCUGCAGCCAGCUCGAGACUGUUGUUAUGGAGCCGAGUGAAGACUGGGAAAGUGAAGGGGGCUUGUGUCAGGGAUGCCUGGAUUAGACAGACUCUGGUUCUAAAGCUAGGCGUUUGGUCAGCUGAUGUGAGCGCGGAAGAGCUCUGCUUCGCCGCUGGCUCGGGCUGUGGAUAAAGGCGUCUGGGAGAGCAGUGAUAGCGCUCAGGCACCGGGUCUCUCAGCCGCCGUUGGGACUGAAUCUCCCGGUCAUGCCGCCAUUAACGGACUCGCCGAGUCACCGAGGGAGCUGAUGGUCGCGUCAGCCGCCGCUCAUGUUACGGGUAACCGAGGCGCAAUGGACGGACCGGACCCACAGGAGGACAACUUCCGGCACGGCGACGGAAACGACAGCCGCCCGACGCGAGAUGAGAGCAACCAGGACCGUGCGUUACCGCGUUACACUAGUCCAGCCAAUCAGCGCGCUGCGAUCAAGCUCCCGAACGGUCACGUGAGCUGCAUGUGCGACGCCCGUGACCCGUCCCAAAAGUGCUCUUGCCCUGAAUCGGGUGAGGUGGUGGCUAACGGUGAACUGCUGUCAGAUGCUGAUGCUGCUGCUGCAUCCUCAGCUGCACCGUCGACCAGUUCCACCCUGUGUGCUCCGAGACCUCGGGCGGGUCCCGUGAGCCCACAAAAUGAUGAUGAUGGUGAUGAUGAUGAUGAUGAUGAUGAUGAGCCCAGCGCUUCGAGGUCGGGUCAUAGGUCCUCGUCGUCCAGCUCGGAGGCUGUCGAAAGGACUCGGGAAUCGGAAACGGCCUCUAAUGACUGCUUAUCCGAAGCUGAGCCGUGCUCCUCCCGGACUCUCUCAAGCCCCGAGGACAGCGAGCCCUGUCCGGACCCGGCGUUCAUGGACGUGAGCCUGAGCUCGAGGAACACGUACGAAAUCAGCCGGCGCCAGAGCGCCCCAGACAACGUGGCCGACGUGGCCGAGCCGGCCCUGAGACAGAAGAAACAUGGCAUCUCCGAGAUCUUCGGCAGGGGCCUGUUCUCCAGAAAGCAGAAAGAGCCUGCAAGUGCUCCUGGCUGGAAGCUGUUUGGGAAGGUCCCACCGCGAGAGAGCCCUCCCAAAGACUCCAAAACCAUCCAACAGGAGAGUAAUCCAGGCAAUCUCACGUCUGUUUCAACUCCCAAUCUCUUAAGUGCCGGGGAAUAUGAGGCUAAGGCUGGCAAAGGAGCCCAUAGCCCAUCCCUGCCUACUCAAGGGCGACGUAAGAAUCUGGAGUUUGAACCACUGUCCACCACGGCACUCAUAUUAGAAGACCGGCCAGCUAACCUUCCUGCUAAACCCGAGGAGGAAGCUCAGCGCCACCGGCAGGAAUACGAUGAAAUGGUGGCUGAGGCCAAGAGGAGAGAGAUGAAGGAAGCCCAGAAGAAGAAGCAGCAGAUGAAGGAGCGCUUCAAGCAGGAGGACAGCAUCGUUAACGCCAUGGUGGUGUGGAACACGGAGGUCCUGCCCAACUGGGACAGCAUGCGUGGCACACGCAGGGUUAAAGAUCUGUGGUGGCAGGGUCUUCCACCCAACGUCCGCGGCAAAGUGUGGAGCCUAGCCAUCGGCAACGAGCUCAACAUCACCCCAGAGCUAUACGAGAUCUUUCUCUCCCGGGCUAAGGAGCGUUGGAAGAGCUUCAGAGAGACAGGCAGCGAGGUCGAGGCAGAGGCGGACAGUGGAGCGUCACUGGCGGAUCGGGAAUCCAGCCUGGAUCUUAUCAAGCUUGACAUUUCCCGCACCUUCCCCUCCCUCUUCAUCUUCCAGAAGGGAGGGCCGUACCAUGAUCUCCUGCACAGCGUGCUCGGAGCGUACACCUGCUACCGGCCCGACGUGGGAUACGUGCAGGGCAUGUCGUUCAUCGCCGCUGUGUUAAUCCUGAACCUGGAGGAGGCCGACGCCUUCAUCGCCUUCGCCAACCUCCUGAAUAAACCCUGUCAGAUGGCUUUCUUCAGAGUGGACCACGAUCUGAUGCUGAAGUACUUUGCAGUGUUCGAGGUGUUCUUUGAGGAAAAUCUUCCCAGGUUGUUCAGUCACUUCCAAAGCUCCAACCUCACUCCAGACCUCUACCUGAUAGACUGGAUUUUCACACUCUACAGCAAGUCCCUGCCACUGGACGUCGCGUGCCGCGUGUGGGACGUGUUCUGCAGAGACGGAGAAGAGUUCCUGUUCCGCACAGCUCUGGGGAUCCUGCGCUUGUACGAGGACGUGCUCCUCCACAUGGACUUCAUCCACAUGGCCCAGUUCCUCACGCGUCUGCCCGAGCACGUCCCCGCCGAGCGCCUCUUCAGCGCCAUCCACAACACACACAUGACCAGCAGCAACCGCAAAUGGCCCCAGGUCUUCAGUGCACUAAUGAAGGAUAAGGAAUCAGACAAAAGUGGCAGCCCUACCCUGAAAAGCUCCUGACGCCUCCAUGCUACGCUUCAGUCUUACGUCUUUGUGUUGUCUUUUCUUCUGAAGUUGUAAUAACGCUGGUGAGGGAGUGAAAGGUCAGGGAGUCAGCAUGAAGACUGAAGUAGAACUGGUUUUCUCUGCAGUAUUACAGACAUGGCUAGCGAUUAGAUGUAGGUAUAAAUGUGCAACAGUUGCAAAGUCUCUGGAAAGAAUCUCUCAUGUGUUCCCAUACAAGACACACACGCUUCCUCGUGAAGAAGAAUAUUCCACCACCAGCACGUUGAUUUGCUGAGAAACGUUCUUCUGUUCCUCAGAAAUGUUCCCACUGCAUCGUAACACAUGGACCAACGCGAACAGCUGUCAUCCGUGUCAUGUGCUAUCGCCGCUUUCUUCCUCUAACGGUUAAAAUGUUGCACUUAAAGCUGUGAUGUUCAUGAAGGAUAUUCUUAACACUACUCUCGAACAGAGCUUCAGGACUAGGAGAAGGCUGAACGUGUUAAAAGGAGUAUUUUGUCUAAGCCGACUUUGAUUAAGACGUAUACGAUGUGCAAUGAAGGUUUGAAAAGCAGUCAAUAAGAAGCUUUGCAUGCUUGUCAAGGUCAGCUUUUCAUUCCACAAGCCUAGUUUGGUUAUGGGACGAGUUUUUUUUUGUUGUUUGUUUUGGGUUUUUUUUUCCUGAUCCACAUGUUCCUGCAGCGCUUCAGCUGUGACCGUGUUUCUCCCAAAAAAAAAAAAAAAAAAAGACACUAAAUUAUCAAAGCACCUGUAUGCUCAAAUGAAACUGUCCUGUCUUAAUAUACAUAUUCUGUCCAUUUCUAUCUGUUAUAAUAUUCGACCAAAUGUAUCUGUUCUGUCGUGGGUGCUCUGUUAACUCCAGUGCAUUUUGUCUUUCGGGGAUGGAGGGGGGAAAAAAAAGGCUUUGAAUGUUCUGCGCUGAGUCUCGGAUUCAUGAUUUUAAAAUGUACGUUGUGUGUUUUAAUUCUGACUUUCUUUUCUACUCACUCCCUGCUACUGUACAGUUUUCAUACUCCCUGAUGAGCAGAAUUGUAAAUAUGCGAUGAAGUGGACACCACUAAAAGUAGAGCACAUGUAAAUAAACCCGAGAGUGGAAACGUGA